AUGGGUGCCUACGACAUUAAAGUGGAGAUCGACAGAUCCGCCACAAGCACAUUCACCAACUACGACGUCAUCAAAGGCACUGUCACUUUGGUAGUCACCAAUUCCAUCUCUCUCAGCUAUAUCCAAGUCAAGUUGGAAGGCAUUGCAAAGACCCAGCUAGUGAUCCCAGUAGUGCGAAGAAAGGGCAAGGUCGACAACAGAGUCAUCCAGGAUGUCCACAAGGUGCUUUAUGAUGCCAGCGUUGUAUUUCCACCAGAGAAUGUCCGCCAGGUAUCGCUGUCCAAGGACUUCACUUUGCCACCAGGCAACUACACCUAUCCGUUUGAGUUCAAAAUCCCACUCAACAGCUCGUGUGUCAAGCUCCUGGGGAUCACCAACAAGGUGCUGAUCAACAAGAACUUCGACUUGUUGAUCAAUAACGGUAACUUCAACCGUGGCAUUGUGGGAAGCAUGGCCAAGCUGAUGUUGCUGGAGCUUUCGGGACAGCAGGGACAGCAGGGGCAGCAGCUGCGCCCCCAGCAGCAGAACUACCACAUCUCAUCGCCAUUGCCACCUUCGCUAAGUGGAAUUGGCGAGUUUGCCAGCGUGCAAUAUUUCGUCAAAGUUACUUGCAAACGGUCGUCUUUCUUGAAAACAAACCUCCGUGCCUACGACCCUUUCAUCUUCCUCCCGUUGGACUUAGACAUCUACCAGCCUCCCAACGAUGAGGACUACCGCGAGGUGUUUGUGAGAAAGCAAUUGAUCUUCAGGGAUCGAAUCCCAGAGAUUGUGGGCGUAGUGAUGCCUCCUGAAGCAAAUAAGCGCAAGACGUUGCCGCUGGUCCCCCAGUACCAAAAGAAGGGCUUUUUAUCACGGUUGUUUGACCCCGUUCCGUCAUUGCCAAACCCUCCUCGUCCGUCCAAAGGUGGUGAUGCAUACUACCCUGAAAUUCGAUCAAAGGAUGUACCAUUUUCGUUCGAGGUCCGGUUCCGCCAUCCAGCAUUUUUGGUACCUACAAAACCGCCUUCCUUCAGGCUCUAUUUGGUGUCUGAUCGCAACCCUCUGAGGUACACUUUAGGCGAGUAUGGACGUCCAGAAGACAGCAAUGGGUUGGGGGUGGUGUAUCUCCAGCGCUUGGUGGUGGAUCUCACCUGUACCACUGUCAUUCUGGUGCUCCAGACAGAUGGAUCCAACCAGGCACUCCACAACGCCCUGCGUGACGAAAACAUCAGUGUGUGCAACAACAGCUAUCAGAACCUCAUGUUUGACUUGAUGUACUGCAAGAGGACCAAAUCUGCAUCUGCCACUUCCACCAACGCAGCACCUGGCGACGUUUACGAGUUGGAGAUUCCCCAGAAAUACUUUGCCAACUGCGUGCUUCCCGACCACCUUUCACCAUCAUUCAAGACGUGUAAUAUCACCAGAAAGUACACCUUGACAGUCGAGGCCAGUUUUUCCAACGAGAAGAUUGGAGACUUCCGCAGUGCUGACGAGUGGGCCAAAAAGGUCAAGUCAGUCGACCUCGUGUUCCCCAACAUCAAGCUUUUGAGUGGGUUGGCCAUGACCAGCUCGCUCCAUUCGUCCUCGAAAACCAACUUGGGCGAAAAGGCACCUCCUACUCCGCCAGUACGGCCCACUUACGAGCCUGAUGUUAAAGUUCCUGUGCCUGCCGAAGCUCCCAGCUAUCCCAGCGCCCACGACGAGAAGUCUGAGCCUGUGGAGCAUCUGCUACUUCCCACCUAUGACGACGUUGUUCGCGAGAGCUCGUACCAGGACGAUUCUGAGCACAAUCGUGCCCGCAGACGGUAUGAGCAGCACGAGCAGUACUACAAUAACCUCGAGUAG